CUUUACAGUGACAAUACCUACCUUACCUGACGUGCGGUGUAGUCGAAUUGUUCAUUCGAUGCCUUAUCAAAGCAAGCAUCAUCACGAGCGUCACUGGGGUCCUUUUUUCGAGGAACCGGUCAACGUGACUUCCGGGGCGGCCUUGCAGGUUGGAUAUCAUUUAUCAACGGAGGCCAUCCUCAACUGUAGGGUAGGAAUGCUUAAAGAUAAAACGGUGAUGUGGAUCCGACGAACCACCGAUAAGGUGUCGUUACUCACCGUGGGCAACAAUACGUACAGCGGGGACCCAAGGAUAAAGGUCAAAUUUCAAUAUCCCAAUAAUUGGAGGCUACAUAUCAACCCGUUCAAGUCCGAUGACGCUGGCCUGUACAUGUGCCAGGUGUCGACGCAUCCUCCGCGGGUGUUUGCAACGAAUCUCACCGUCUUGGAACCAGCCGUAAGAAUAGUGGACGAAAUGGGCUACGAGUUCUUCGACCGAUACUACAAACUGGGCAGCACGAUCGAGAUAUCGUGCCAAGUGUCGACGUCGUAUCUGGCGAGUCUUCCGCCCAACUCCAAGUCCAAGUCCACCGUCGGUCCUCAAGCGAACACAUUGGACGAGACGUCGAAGCAAGGCACCAAAACCACCAAAGACGAUAACAAACUGUCGGAUUCGACGGAAAGAGGAUUGAUUAGCUGGACCAAGGAUGGCGCCGAGUUGCCGAAGGAUGUCAAGAUGAGUUUUAGUGGCACCAAGCAGUGGCUCAUCAGCCGGAUAUCGAUUCUGCAGGCAAAUCGUGUCCACAAUGGCGUCUACAACUGCACCGUAGCCGGCAAGCAGAGCCGAUCGGUCCAAGUACAGGUUCUGAACGGUGAAACUCCGGCCGCUGUUCAGCAUAAUAUUGGGCAUCGCAAAGAGGAAUUUGUGCUGCUAAGCGUUCGUUUCACGGUGCUGGCCGUGAGCUGGUGCGCGCUGCUGAACCUGACCUGA